CAGAGCUAGCUGGUUAUUUCCCUUGUCCCGAACAGCAGGCGGAAGAGGUGUGCUUAACAUUUAACCUUUUUGUGAGGCAAUGUGAAAAUGGCGUUAUGAAAAGAAACGUAGUCGCAGGCUACGGGCAGAUAAACUUUUCAGAGGAGCAGCAUGGGCAACACCAGCAGCGAGAGAAGUGGAGCGGAGAAGACGCAAAGGCGAGAGAGCCGCGGUGGGAAAGAUGGCGCUCGACCCAAAAUCCUCAUGGACAGUGCGGAGGAUGGGGAUCUCUUCCAAACAGAUGAUGCCAAGGAGUUUCUAGCCUGGCGACAAGAUCAGGAAUCAGAUACUAAAGGGUUUCCAGAGGAAAGGCCCACUGUGUUCCGCUGGAACGGUCCAGGGAAAGAGAUUUACUUGUCUGGCUCCUUCAACAACUGGACCAGCAAAAUCCCCUUGACUAAGAGUCAUAAUAAUUUUGUGGCCAUAAUUGACCUGCCAGAAGGAGAGCACCAGUAUAAGUUCUAUGUGGAUGGACACUGGAUAUUAGACCCCAAAGAGCCUGUUGUGACUAAUAAGUCAGGUGUGGUGAAUAAUAUCAUUAAAGUGAGGAAAACAGACUUUGAGGUUUUCGAUGCACUGAAGACGGACUCAGAAAAAUGUGCUGACAUGUCAGACUUAUCCAGUUCCCCACCUGGACCAUACCAUCAGGAUCCUUACUCAACUAAAUCGGACGACAGGCUGCGCUCUCCUCCCAUACUCCCACCACACCUGCUGCAGGUGCUCCUCAACAAAGACACUGGAAUCUCUUGUGACCCAACCCUGCUGCCUGAACCAAACCAUGUGAUGCUCAACCACCUGUACGCCCUUUCCAUCAAGGAUGGCGUGAUGGUCCUCAGUGCGACACACCGUUACAAAAAGAAGUAUGUGACCACACUGCUGUACAAGCCUAUAUGAUCUCUGUUCAUCAACACUAUUUUGCCGUAUUCAGUCUUAUAAUGCUGUAUGUUAUUCAUCAAAGAAAGGGACCAUAGCUAUCACCAAAUGCAUGUGUCUCUGAGUCUAAAUGUCAGCUUCCAAUUCAUAAACCAAUAUCUACAAUGUUUGCACAGCUAAUGUAAUGCAUUUGACAAAUGUAAAAAAUAUAAUUUCAUAUCAGGCUUGCAGACAUGUAUAAGUGUUUUGUAUGUGGCUUUUCAGUUAAAGAAUUUCAAAAUACUCCUAGAUCAUUUUAAGGACAUCUGUGAUGUCUGUUUUCUGUAAGAUCUUGAUUCCAGGGAUGUCACUAAAAGACUUUUGACAUUUAAUGUGAACAUUCCUGCAUGUUGCUCUGGAUUUAGAAAUAUCUGCAAGUAAAUUUAUAACUGUUAAUGAAUGGACCAUUGUGGUAAUAAAUUGCACACUAAAACAUUA